GAUGUCAUAUGAAGUUUAUGCUGGCACGCUUGCUUCGAAGUUCUCUUCCCGAGGCAGCUUAAACUCAAAGUUCCCAACAAGCUGUCUCUGGUUCUCGAGUGCUUUCGGCAUUGGAGGAAGCAAGAGCGCUGCAUACUCUUCACCCAUCCUCCUUCGAUGGUACACGAGGUUAACACGUCCGAAUAUGGAAAGGCAUCCAACUGUGCUCGCUUCCUCCUUCAGUCAAUAUAGAACUGGGGCCAAUCCUUCGCUACAAAUUAUCCAUCAGUCGGUGCCCACAGUCGGUGCCCGCUGUCGUCAAACAGAAAUGGCGCUAACAAUGACAUG